GUGUGUGCUCGCAGACGGGGGAAAAGGUUGAUUUAUAGAAAUAACACAUGUUCAAAUUAGCUCGCUUUUUCUGAACGCACGCGCGUUGGAUGCUUCACUAUAUGGAUACGAUGAGAAGGAAAAUAGUAAUGUGGCUAUAAUAAAUUAAUAGCCUGCUCGUUUUAGUGGGGGUGAUUUUAAGCAAGCAAAACAAGAGACCUGCCUAGUAAUGGAGAACCAGGCUGCGGAGCUGCUACAGCAGCAGCAGAGCUACGAGGACGUUCGGAAAAGCGGGUAUCUCCGCAAGCAGAAAUCUAUGCACCGGCGAUUCUUCGUUUUGAGGGAAGCCUCGGAACAGGGCCCUGCCCGUUUAGAAUAUUAUGAGAACGAGAAGAAAUUCCAAAGCAAGUCACCUGUCCCGAAAAAAGCGCUGAAUCUGGAGACUUGCUUCAACAUCAACAAGCGGGCGGAUUCCAAGAACAAGCACAUGAUAGUGAUGUAUACCCGCGGGGAGAGCUUUGCCAUUGCAGCUGACAGUGAGGAGGUCCAGAAUGAAUGGUACCAGGCCAUGCUGGACCUUCAGUGGAAAUGUAAAAGCCCAGAGAACUGUGGCAGUGGUGGGGAGUGUGGACUCCCCUCUCCUCCAGGCCCAGCUUUUAAGGAGGUGUGGCAGGUCAAGGUGUGGCCUAAAGGGCUUGGCCAGGCCAGAAACCUAGUGGGCAUCUACCGGCUGUGCCUGACCGACAAGACGGUCAACUUCGUCAAGCUCAACUCUGACAUGGCCACCGUGGUCCUACAGCUGAUGAAUGUGCGUCGCUGUGGCCACUCUGAGAACUUCUUCUUCAUCGAAGUGGGCCGCUCGGCCAUGACAGGGCCUGGGGAGUUCUGGAUGCAGGUGGAGGACUCGGUGGUCGCCCAGAACAUGCAUGAGACCCUGCUGGAGGCCAUGAAGGCUCUGAGCGAGGAGUUCCGCCAGCGCAGUAAGUCCCAGUCUGUGGGAGCUACAGCUGGAGGUGGCACCGCCUCCAACCCCAUCAGUGUCCCCACCCGCCGCCACCACCCCAACCUACCCCCCAGCCAGGUGGGCUUCGGCAGACGAUCCCGGACCGAGACCCCUGGAGCAGGUGGGGCCAGCUGCACCAGCACUUCACCCACACCACGCAACGGGUUCCCCAGGGCGCGUACAGCCAGCAUCGGGGGAAGGAUGGAGGAGGGUGGAGGUGGAGCCAGGGGGGCAUGGGCAAGUUCCAGUCCCAGCCUGAAUGGAUCCUGUUCCACUACACCCACCCUGAGAACCAAGCCCACCAGAGCUCCAACCCCAGCUAAGAUCACUCUCAGCCUGGCCCGCUACACCCCCAACCCAGCCCCCUCCCCAGCCCCGAGCCUCUCCUCCAGCUCUGGUCAUGGCUCAGAGUGUGGACUAGUCGGAGGGGCAAUGGGAAAUGUAGCGAUCUGCUCUUACACCCGUGUCCCUCAAAGAGUCUCUGUGUCGGGCUCCCCUAGUGACUAUGGCUCCUCAGACGAGUAUGGCUCCAGCCCUGGAGAGCACUCCCUGCUUGUCCCCAGUCUGCCAGGAGGGUCCCAUGGGGGGAUGGGACACCAUGCUCAUGGAGAGAGCUCUUCCAGCUACAUAGUGAUGGGCCAGAGAGAGAGCAUCCCUGGGUUCCAUCAGCGUCCUCAGGGCCGCAGGAUGCUGCGGCGCUCCUCCAGCAGGGAGUGUGAGGCAGAGCGCAGACUCCUCAGCAAGAGGGCCUCCCUGCCCCUGGCUGCUCACGAACGCCUGGCCCCUCGUAGGAAGGAGGAAGAGGAUGAGGACGAAGAGUACGCUGUCAUGUCGCGGAGUAUUAGCAGGGAUGCCUUUGUGUCACAACGUGGAUCAGGGGGCUCGGCAGCAGGGGGCUCCGCAGUGGCGGUCGUGGUUGGGGAGACCCGGGCGAGGGCAGAUGGGGUCCGAGGAGAGGUGGGAGGAGGAGGGGCACCAGUGGACAGUGGCUACAUGGCCAUGUUACCCGGAGUGACAGCUUCUCCUGUUUCCCUCUCUCUAUCUGUGGCCGUGUCUGACGUCGGUGCCAAACCUGGGGCUGAUGAUGAGUAUAUGGCCAUGACCCCCAACAAUAGUGUGUCUCCCCCCCAGCACAUCUYCCUGCCUGUCUCAGAGGGCUACAUGGUCAUGUCCCCCAACAGCAGCUGCUCCCCAGACUUGCAUGGAAUGGCCAUGUGGGGGAGCAGGGGCAGCAUGGAGAGCCGAGCUGGCAGUGACUACAUGAACAUGUCUCCUAUCAGCAUCCGCUCGGCUUGCAGCACACCCCCCUUUCAACCUGAACAGAACCAGUUACAACCCAAGAUGGUCUACUCCUACUUCUCUCUGCCACGAUCCUACAAACACACACUCUCUACACGCUUCGAAGAUGACUUAGAUCAAGGGAAAAGAAAGGAGGGGGGUCAUCACGACCAUGACGGUCCUGGAAAUCAGGGUGGACAAGUGGUCUACAGCAAGAGGGACACAGCCACAGUUGGCCCUGCAGGAGGCUGUCAACUCUCCCUCUCCUCUUCCUCCUUCUCUUCCAGCUCAGCUAGCAGUGAGAGCCUGGAUGAUAGGCCCAAAUCAGUGGCAACAGGGGGAGGGCUACGACUAACAAGAACAGGGCCAGGGUUCAGGAAUGGGGGAGCACGCUCAAAGGACGGAUCCUACCAGCAAAAACGUGCAUCGCAUGGCCCAGGGGGACAGCAGAUGAAGCCUCGUCCCCUCAGUGUGUCUGUGGACAUGUCUAAAGCUAACACUUUGCCAAGGGUUAAGGAGAAUCUCCUUCCCACAGUGCCUCAGAGCCCAGGGGAUUAUGUCAGCAUUGUGUUCAGGGGUGGUGACGUGGGGUGCAGGAGAGGAGACCAGUGGGGGCCAGAUCAUGGACUGUCAGUGACCCAUGGAACCCCGAGGCCCGUGCACCGUCCAGCCCUCUGCCACAGUGGCUCCACCAACCUCCCCCGCAGCUUCUCUGUACCUCUGGCCACCUCCGCUGCCUUGGCUGCRUCUGCUGAGUACGUCAACAUGGACUUGGGGAUGGGGAACUCCCCUUGCCCAUCCCCCCGGAGCCCUGUUAAAUCACCUUUCAGCCUGCCCCCAGCCAUCGCCCCGAAGCCCCGAGUUUUGGCCCGUAAUAGGCCCUCUCCUAGGACAGCAGAGGGCAAUGUAGGUGGGCAUAGGGCAGCAGUGCCAACAGACUUACCCACGUCAUAUACAGACUACACAGAGAUGGCCUUCAGCAUGGGUUCAGGGCCUAACCCUGCAGUGCCUGCCAUGCACGCUGCCCAAAGAUCAUCAAUGGAGCAGGAGCCAGGCUUGGUCUUUCCCUCAGAAAAGUCCUAUUCAUCUCCUGCCCAGAACCAAAGCAGCAGGCUGGCCAGAGACAGGGUUGACAGGGGUGACCAACUGGGACGGAGACGCCACCGCUCUGAGACCUUCAUCAUGACUCCUCCCUCUCUCCCCUUCCACCUGUCCUCCUCAGGCUCCUUGUUCUUGGAGAGUGCUCAGGCAGCAUCACCUCAUCGGCACAGAGGGCUGGAGGGGGGUUCACCGUGGGAGAAUGCACAGGCAGCUAUGUCUCAAUGUGCCAUUCCUGCUGCACCCGCAGCCCAGGAUUCAUCCUCUGGGUCUGCUGAACAAGGCCUUAACUAUAUUGAUCUGGACCUGGCCAUUAAGGACAGCUCUCAGACUGGACUGGAGGGGGGAGCCACCGUUCCCCACAAUGUCUUCACAUCCGUCCACAGUGGGGCAGUUGGGGGAGGCAUGACUGGUUUGGGGAACAACCCUGGCUAUGCCAGUAUUGAUUUCUGCAAAUCAGAGGAGUUGAGAGCACAUCAUCAGAGCAGCAGGAAAGAUGUAAAAGAAUGUUAAUGAUACCUCUUCGUGUGGACAUUACUCCUGGGAUUGAGCAGCACUGUCCAACACUUCUCCAUUCUAACCAUGGUGGGGUUUGGUAGGCAACAGGAUGUUUCACACUGGAAGAGGAGUAACAGAGGUGAAGAUAUACCCAUCAAAUCAUCAUUAACUAUUUGUCAUCCUAUCCAGUUGUUGCUAUCCAAUACUAAUGUGUGCCAAAAAACUGCUGGUUAUAACCAACACGACAUGGUUAUUUGAGGUAGAAAAAUCUAGCCAAUCAAGAGUGAUUACAGCAACUCCAACCAACAACAAGGAUCUAAUGAUAUUUUGUUUAUUUUUCCUAAACAUAAACUUCAUGGAAAUUGUUAUAAAAAUGUGAAAUAGUAUAAAGGUACAUACAGAAAAAAAUAUAGUAUACAUAUGUUGAUGAAAGCUACUAAAAUAUAGAAAUAUAUAUAUUAUACUUUUUAAAAAGUGCCUAAUUUUUUGAGUGUAGCCAUUUUUACACAGGGAAUGUUGAACUGGUCUGUUAGAAGGGAAAAUAUGUUUGUCUUGAAUAUAAUUUUGUUAAGAAUAUUGUGAAUACUGUAUGUUGAAAAUGAUAGAAAAUGUAAUAUAAAGUUAUAUAGUAAGAAUAAUCAAA